UAGAUGCAGGGCGGAAACCUAGAAGCACGUUUCUCACACUAAUGUCACGUGAUAGGCAACACAGAAGAACACACACACGGACAUCAGGCACUAUGUCCCUGGGAUGCUGGGGACGCUGCCAUAGAGGGAUGAAGGAGCGGUCGUGGACGUUGAAGCGAGCGACCGUCACACUGGGUGCGGGCAUGCUUGCCUUCUAUGUCCUCAGCGUAUCCUACACAAGGCUCACGCGAGACGGGCGCUGUGAGAUCUACAGACACUCCAGUUACCAUGGUGACCAAAUGUCCAUAGCAACCGUCAGUGAACACGUCAACGAUGUUGAUUCAUUGGGACGUGAUCUAACCGACGCUAAACUGGAGGCGUUUGUGCGUUCCGGGCAGGUGUUGAACGAGUAUCAGUUUGUGGUCAACUCCGAGGUGUGUUCCAGCUCUGGUGUCCCCCAGUCCGUGUACGUUGUGGCCAUCGUGCCCUCUAAACCGUCUCAUUUCCAAGAACGCCAAGCAAUACGGGAGACCUGGGGAUCACAGUUCAAUAAGAAUGAAAAACUGAAACUGAUUUUCUUAUCAGGACUAGCGGAAGAGAUAACAAACAUGCAACUGUCUAGUGAGCGAGAGACAUUUUUCGAUGUUGUGCAAGCAAAUUUUAUCGACUCCUACAAAAAUCUCACACGUAAAACUAACGCCAUUUUGCAGUGGUCAAAACAGUUCUGUUCACAGGCUCGGUACGUGAUGAAAAUUGACGAUGAUGUUUUUCUCGACACUGACAAGCUACUGCAGACAUUAUUACACCUUGAAGUGGAACCACGUCUCAUUAUCGGAUAUAUAGACAAUGUGGAACUGCCUAACAGGGAUCCGUCCAGCAAGUGGUAUUUAUCACAAGAAGAAUAUCCAUUUAAACAAUUCCCACGCUUCACACAAGGACCAUCAUACGUGAUCUCGCGAGAUUUGGUGGCCGACCUGUACGAGAUUUCCCGUCAUGCACCACGUAUACAUUUAGAGGACGUAUACGUCACGGGAUUAUGUGCACAUGUUGCCCGUGCUACCCAUGUCGGUGCGUGCGGGUUCGGUAUAGCGCCAAGACACGCCUCGAUGUGGCUGCUCAGCGCGGCGGUCACUGGACACCAGUAUACACCGGAAGUGAUGUCACAGUCGUGGACACGUGUUCAAUUCUGGCGUGCCUGGCGCGCGCCUCUCAGAUGUCUUGGAUACAUUAUUGGAUACUAAAUGAAGUAUCAUGUCUA